GAAAAACAUAACAAAAAUACUUUCUCGGGAAGUAUAAAAGGUUUUACACGGUAGAUUACCUGUCCAUCGAAAUUUUAAAGAUUUAUAUAGCAAGAUCCCCUCUGAUAUUCUUUUUACCAUCAUGAAUACUUUGACUAUAUUCGUACUCGCUUUGGCUGUCGUAGCAGUGUGCUUUGCAGAUGAAAAUGAAACAGACAGGAAAUCUAUGUUUAUAAGAUUUUAUAAAUGCAUUUCUUGUGGCUAUGAAACUGAAACCUAUCAAGCUUACAUCGAAUGUGCGAAACAUAAACCCCAAAGAAGCCUUGAUAUCACGCAAAAGUGCAUAGAAAUGUAUUUCCCUCCAACCACUACUGAAAGUGAAUUAACAACCCAAGUCUGCGAAAAUCCAGAAAUUGCGGGAAAGGUUUAUGAGUGCAUGGUGGAAGAGAAACAAAAGAUUCAGAUAACCGAAGAAGAGAAAGAAGGGAUGAAGAAUUUCAUAAGCUGCGCCAAAGAUAUCUACAAAGCACACUGCAAAGAAUAACAUUUUAUAACAACCGUACAGCUUGCUUUCCAAGAGAUUAUAUCUCAAUUAUAAUUUAGAAUAAUGUAGAAGAUGUAAUCAAUUUUAUAACUCUUGCUUAAAUAACUGAUGCUGACAGAAUUUUAUAACUGAUGCUUAAAUAAAGACUUGAGUCUUCCA